AUGAAGGACAGAACACUCAGUCUUUCAGAUCUUCUUCAUGUCUUUUACCCUGAAACCAAAGAAAUUGACAUAUCCAGUGAUGAAUAUAAAGUGUUGUUCAUCUUUGAUGGUCUGGACGAGUGUCGUCUUUCUCUGGAUUUUCAGAGCGAUGUGAGGUUGUGUGAUAGUCUUUUAAGGAGCCCUCUACAUCAUGUGCCACAUCCCAGUGUUCUGCUGGAUCUCAGCCACACAGUUCUGGAGAAGAUGUUCAGUGAAGCAGAGAGUGGAGAGAUUCCCAGACUCUCACUCCAAAUGUACACACACUUCCUGAUCCUUCAGACCAACAUCAAACAAGAGAAGGACUAUGAGAAGAAAGUCAAAGAUGAAGAUAUGAUUGUCAAACUGGGGAAACUGGCUUUUCAGCAGCUUGUGAAAGGAAACCUGAUCUUCUAUGAGGAAGACCUGAGAGAGUGUGGCAUUGAUGAGACAGAAGCAUCAGUGUACUCAGGAUUGUGCACUCAGAUCUUCAGAGAGGAGUUAGGUUUGUAUCAGGGGAAAGUCUUCUGCUUUGUUCAUCUGAGCAUCCAAGAACAUCUAGCAGCUCUAUAUGCACAUCACUGCUUUAAAAAGACUUGCAUAAAUGUGUUUGAACAAACUGAACAAAGUUGCAAAGUUGUAACCCAGAAGGAAAAAAAAUUAUUUGGCCUGCACCAGAGAGCUGUGGAUGAGGCUUUACAGAGUAUGAAUGGACAUCUGGAUCUUUUCCUGCGUUUUUUUCUGGGUCUGUCCUUGAAGUUCAGUCAGACUCUCUUAAGAGAACUACCGACACAGACAGGAGCUGCUCCUAUAACAAAAAGGAAACAGUUCAGUACAUCAAAGAGACGAUCAGGCAGAAUUCCUCUCCAGAGAGAUCCAUCAAUCUGUUCCACUGUCUGAAUGAACUGGGAGAUGAUUCACUGGUGCAGGAGAUCCAAUAUUAUUUGACAUCUAAAAAAAUCAAACAAACCAAACUCUCCUCUUCACAGUGGUCAGCUCUUGUUUAUGUGUUGCUGACAUCAGAGCAGAAGAUGGAAGAGUUUGUU